GGGAGUGGGCGGUUGCGUACGACGCCUGUAGGUCAGUGCGGCGAAGCAGCGCUCUGAAGUGCACGCUCGCAGCCGUUGCCGCCGCCGACCUUUCUAAACACAAACACACGGGCGGGGCAGAGAAGAGAGGAACUGCGUUACGAGCCUUUCGGAGAGUGAGUGAAAAAAAGACGUGCGGUGGAGCCCGGACUCUGGCCAUGGUGGUGACGACGGUGGAGGUAGCAGCGGCAGCGGCGGCGUUGGGCAUCUAGCGACGACUCCCAUCUUCGAGACUAGCGCGACGAAAGUUCGUUUUUCGGUUCUUUAGCGAUCGUCGGCGAGCGAAGAAAAAAAACCACCGCAGCGAGAACUAUAGGAAGCCGCGCGUCAGCAGCAGCGGCUUUUCGACGAAAGGGCGACGCAGGUGCGGCAGCCAGCCAGCUAUGGAGCACGGCGCGGUCAACACCGGGGGCCCUAGCCCCGAGUGGAGCGAGACUCCGCCGCUCGGUGCUCGACGAUUUGUCGCGGGACGAGCUAGGCAGCGCGCCGUGCGCAAGGCGGUCGCCCUGCUCGCCUUCCUCGCCGCCUGCUGCGCACUGUCCCGGCUCAAGACGGUCACGCCUGAGACCAAUGGCUACGCGACAGCCCGUCGUCUGCUCUCAACCGGCGCAGCGGCGGAAGCAGACGACGUCCCGGGUCCACCUUCGCAGGAACCGGAAGUCGCGCCGGCGCCCAGGAGACACGUAAGCCCACUUUCUAAACGAGCCUUGCACGCCGAAAACUCCACCGGAGAUAAAAUACCAACGAGAGAAGGUGACGAACCGAAGCCCAAGCCGUCGGCCGGAGGCAAUGGGGGCAAAGGAAAGCCGAGGGACAAAGACGAAGCAGAAGCCGCAGGCAAUGGCGAAGGAAAGCAGACGAACUCGCAGCCCCGUGGCGAAGGAACAGACGACGAAAAGGCGAAAGGCGAGACGCCCGGGGAGCCGGGCCAGGACGAGCCGAGAGCAGACGAAAAACCACCAGACGGAUCGGGCAAAAAGGCCGAAGAAAAGUCACAGCAGGUUUCCAAGGGACAGCCGGCGAGCGCGGACAAGGAGCCCGGGACCAAACCGAAGCAAGAGAAUGAGCAGAAGCCAACAAAACCAGACGAGGAAAACAGGGCCAAAGUAAAAUCCAAGGACGAAUUGCCGCAGCCGGACAAGGAGUCGAAGCCGAAGGCGGAUCAAGGAUCGAAGACGGAUACGCAUCCAGGGUCGAAGCCGAAGUCGGGGAACGAAACGGACGGCGCGAAGCCGGUGCCAAAGACGAGCGACAAGUCCACAUCGGGAGAAGGAGCUACGGAUUCAAAGUCCAAAGGGGAACCGAAGGAGGAAGACAAGCCUAUCCAGGGAAACGAAAAACCCAGGGAAGGCGGCGCCGAAGGAGAAGAACCGAAACCUCCGGGAGAAGAGACCGGCCCAAGCAGGAACGCUUCCAAGAACGCUACGAAGGCGGCCGAAGCCGAGGAAGACAGGCGGAGCAACAAAACAAAAGGCGAAGAGGUGGAGGAAAUACGCUGCAUUAGACCUGCGUACCACGAGUUCCCGCCGGACCUCUUCUCGCACGAGGCCCGUGCCAAGGGCGGCGUGAUCGUGCACAUCCUGGUCGUGCUCUACAUGUUCUACGCGCUGGCCGUGGUCUGCGACGACUACUUCAUCGCUUCGCUCGAGGAGUGCUGCGCCCGGCUGAACCUGUCCGAGGACGUGGCCGGGGCGACCUUCAUGGCAGCGGGCAGCUCGGCGCCCGAACUCUUCACCGCCAUCCUCGGCGUCCUUAUAGCAAAGGGAGACGUAGGCACUGGUACCAUCGUCGGCUCGGCUGUGUUCAACGUGCUUUUCGUCAUCGGACUAUGCGGAAUCUGCUCCGGAAAGGAGGUUCCGGUGACCUGGUGGCCCCUGUUCCGGGACUCCACCUUCUACGCGUUCACCGUGGUCAUCCUGAUCCUGGUGAUCUAUGACGGUGAGGUCACAUGGUACGACUCCCUCUUCAUGCUGCUCCUGUACGGAGUCUACAUCGACAUCAUGAAGUACAACAAGAGGAUCCACCUAUGGGUGGCCGCCACAUUUGGCAUCCACGAGGAAGAACAGACUUCGCUCGGCCUCACGUCUGCAGGCUACGAUGCCAAAAACUACAGCUCCUACGUGCCAUUCAACAAUGAAAUUGAUGACUUCGCCCAGCAAAAUGCUACCAGAAACACACGGCCCCUGGAUGAAGUGAUCAGAGAUAGCCGGAGAAGGCCCACUUUAUACGAAGCGGCGUUACGAAUGCUCAUGACCCGAUACUUCCGCCCCAAAACCCGUUUCUGGGCGGCAGCAAAAAGGAUCACUCACGAGCACAAGCGCAUUUGCCGUGGGGAGAUCCAGCACUUACCUUCCCAGACCUCUCUCGACCCCAACGACAUGGUCCGACGUGGCAAGAGUUCCAGUGUCGAUGUUGCUCUGUCAACAGAGGCUGACUGGAAAAGAGUUCCCUCGCUGAGGGAGGGCCCCUGGGCGCUGCUCAAGUGGGUAUUGCAGGCGCCCCUGCUGGCAACACUGCACUACACGGUGCCGGACUGCCGGACCGCGACCGGCAAGCGGCUGUUCAUGCUCAGCUUCAUCAUGUCCAUCUUCUGGACGGCGGCCUUCUCCUACGUCAUGGUCUGGAUGGUGACCCUCAUUGGCUACACAAUGGGGAUCCCGGACACGAUAAUGGGCAUCACAUUCUUGGCAGCAGGUACCAGUAUACCUGACGCCUAUGCCAGCCUCCUGGUCUCCCGACAAGGUCAAGGAGACAUGGCCAUAGCAAACAGUAUUGGGAGCAACGUCUUCGACAUUCUAAUAGGUCUAGCACUGCCAUGGCUGAUUCAGACAGGGAUGGUCGAACCUGGGUCACUUGCUUACAUCAACAGCGGGGGCCUGGUGUGGUCAGUUGUCUUGCUAUUCCUUACCAUCAUCAUAACAAUCUACACCAUUCACCGGAGCCACUGGCUGCUCACCAGGAAGCUGGGCAUCUUCCUCAUGGUGGUGUACGCCAUCUUCCUCGUCAUCUGCAGCGCGGUUGAGUUCAACCUGCUGGGAUACGUGAACCCACCGAUGUGCGCGGAGUGAGCCGGAAGUCGCGGGUCCCUUUGCAAGGUCUCCAUAGGUGUCUAGUGUGGGUCUGUUCUAGUCGCCCGAUGUUCAUCUCGGAGAAUGAUUCCCAGAGUGUACAAGCACAUACACACUGCAAUGCCUGGUGAAUGUUGGGCAAUGCAGGGCAAUGCUGGGCAAUUGCUGGAAAAAGGGAAAAAAGCAGCCCUCUAGACUUAUUUUGCAUCAUCAGUGUUGAGGUACAAGAUAGGGUUGCCACCUUUGUUAAGACUAAACAAUGGCUGUUGGAAGCGGGGGCAACAGAGAGAUGCAAUGCUUAAAUUGGUUGUUGUUGUUGAACAUACAUUCAAAGGGGGCCCUGAAACACUUUUUUAAACAUAGUACGAAAACAUUGCCAAUCUGUACAAGAGGCUCCCGUGAACAUGUGAGCCAAAUAUUAUUGCACUGCAAGCAGCAGGAAAUUUACAAUGCCGUGUCGAAAACAGCGAAAAAUUGCUUGCCCUCGCUUCCGCAGUGUCGUCAUGCAGCAUCAUCGCAAGCAGCUGGACCCACCAACAGCUGUUGGCUGAUUUCGUGAUCGGGAUAACACUCUUGGUAGCACAUAAUUGCUAAUAUUUAGUUAAGUAAAUGAAAAAUAUAUAUGUCUGCAAUCUCAAAAAGACAAAAGUCAUUUCACCUUUACACUGCCAGUCUAUGCACGGCAGUUGCAUGUAGCUGUGUGCUGCAUGGAGUAUAGUCUACCGCAACCACCAUGGGGUGCCACGAUGAGCCCUUUCGCCGUAUUUCACUACUGAGAGACUCAACUUUUGGGCUGGGCUUUGCCCCCUUGGCUUCUCCCCUGUGUAGCGUCCAGCACGCUAGUGGGGACGAAAAGAGAGAGAAAGCCUCUUAUUGGUGCGAUAACUCCACUUAUACUUGAUGGAUUCGGAAAAUAUGCAGCAUGAGAUUUGUGAGACAUCCUUUAAUAGUGAGGCCAUUCUAUGACUAGCUAUAAAAGUGCUUCAGGGCCCCUUUAACUAGCACAAGAAGGAAAAGUAGUUAUAAGUUUUAUACAUAUAGAAAAUGCUUUUUGUAUGAUUAAAUUAUCUUUGUUUAAACACAGAGAAUGAAGAAGUAAAACACUGUAUUAAAAGCCAUAUGCCAUGUAGGCUAGCCAUAUGUACUGCAAAAUUUGGGCAUCGUUACGUAACGAACCGUUUUGGUACUAUUAACACAGUGUGUUAAAACUCCAAAGCAUAAAUCAGACCAUAGUGCACUUGAACUUCUCCACCGGUGGUCAUUCCUGUGAUGUGACAUUCCGGCUUUUUGUCUGGGGAGCUAUAUGUUCCAGUCAGAAUGUUGAACUGGCAACUAUAGCGACAUUUGAAAAAAACAGCCACUGUGUUGGUUGACAACAAACAGGUGGCAGCCCUAACACAGAAGAAUCUCAAUGAUAUAAAUUUCUCAGGACCUCUUAAAAUAUCGGUACGUAUCAUUUGAAACUCUUGUGACUCAUAACAAACGAUAGCCAGAGCAAGAAAGCGAGCAAAAGACAGCCUUGUUUAAUUAUGAUGACUACUUUUGGGUGAAAACGUUUGAUGGUGUUGUGGACCAUUCUUUCAUUGAUGUUGUUGAGGAAACAUUUCUGGCAUGUGUGUAACUUUGCACUACUCAUUCCUUCACCUUUGUUGCCAGCACUCCAUGUUGCACUGAAUGCUCUUCAAGUGCACAGGUAUUUACCAGGAUCCUGAAAGACCAAUAUUUCAUACGCUGACUUCACAAAUGUACACUGCGGCCGUACUUCCGCAACUGCGAGAGACAUACGGUGGCGUAAGAAUUUGUAUCGUCCACCACAGCCCAAGAAAACGCUGGAGUCAUCCUGAAACAUGCCGCAUAGUAUCUAAUGCAUUCUGGUCGAAACUUUUUUCGAAAUCUCAAUCACCCCUAAACUCUGGCCAAUCACGAUUGUAUCUUUGAGAUUCAACUGUACAUGAUAGUCUGAACCAAAUCAUCGCAGAUGGGAUCACAUACAAGGGCUACAGUGUAAUUAAGUGCUAGCAAAUGCCCUGCAUUAAGCUUUUCAGCCGGUCGCUGUCUUCACAGCAUGCUAAACGUUUAAGACGGAACAUGAAAACUUGCCUUAAGUGAAGUUCAGUGCGACCGGAAAUGUGUAGAGCUCAAGUUCGAUAUGACUAUUGUUAAUUUUUCAAUCGACUCGAAAGGCUACCAAGAACAUGUUCUUCAGCGGGCAGGAAAAUGAAUCCUGCAGCAGGUUUUGACAAGUAAUGGCUGAACACUUUCUUCGAGAGUAAAUCUUGGUAAAGCUGUUAAUACAGCACUCCCUGUCACAUGAGACUGCAAGGUCUCCCGUGAACAUGGCACUAUGUAGUAUUUAGAACUAUGAAUUCUAUUCUGAGCCUCAUCAAAGUCAUGCGCUUGAUUUCCAGUGAUUCAGAUUAGUCCAUGGCUUUCAUAUGGAAUCGGUGCUCUUGUCGCCUGCUGCAGAGCCAGUUCAAACAGAAUGGAAGGUUGUGUCUAUGAGUUGUGGAUACAUUUAGUCUUGUGGAAGGCGUGACAGUGCCUAGCUCCCAGGCUCUGGCAGUGCAGCUGUUAGGAGUGUAGCUUAAUUUGGAACUCCGUGGCAACAUUUCAUACGAAAGACUGUCAUCACAUGGCUUUGUAUAUGGUUGUAACUAGUAAGAGGUGGCCACAGCUUUUUUGCAAUGCUGGUUUAGGGUGAUAACUCACACUUGUCCGAUAGUGAUGUAGAGUUUAAUUAUAGUGUCAGGUAAGGUGCAUUCAAGAUGGCCUGCAGUAAAGUGCCACUAUGCAGAAAACACUAACACCGAGAGAACUAAUAGACCAUGCACGGACACUGAAAAAGGCUCGGUUCACAUUAUUUUACACUUCUGCUUUCUGCUGCAGCUUCACAUUGUGGCAGUGGGGUGGUGUAAUGAUGAGCAUGGCGGAGAUGGCGGGUGCAACAUUAACACUAUUUAUGGACUGUUCGUACGUAACAAGCUCUUUUAUGUGCAUAUCUUGUUCUGCGAGAUUGUGCAGAUUUCGACCGUCUAGCAUUCCGAAUUAUUUAGUAGCAAGGAUUGAGUGCAUUAUGUACAAGACGAGGACUGCGGUCUCGUACCAGCAAUGUUUGCCAAGUCCCAAAACAAGGAAACGCACUCCAAAGUACGCAGUCUUACGUCCAAUGACCAAAAUGCGCGAAGUUACUCAGUACGACCAUAAGAACUAGUGUCAGCAAAAUGGCUGUGCUCCAAUCGGAGACAUGGCAUCUGUGGGAACAUCAACUCAAUGCUUUGCUGUAAUACUCAAUUCAGAGAGCUGAAGAGGGGAACUCAGUUUGGGGAGACUUCGCACGAAUGGCAACAUGACAGCGUCACGUGAUCCAUUAGAUGUUACUAUAUGGUGAACUGCAGCUCCGUCCUACAGCGUGUCUAAAUGACGUGUUCAGCACAAGAAAGCCAGUACAUGCAGCUGCGUCUGGUUACCCCUUUAAGUGCCAAGGAUGAGGCUUACUUGUACACAGAGUUUUCAGCAAAAAUUGCCAGGGGUUAAAGACUUGCCAGACUGUAUUUGAGUGCUGCAAGCUAUAUUGGUACAUACCAAUGGUUUACAUGGUACCAUAGGCGUGCACACCGAGAGGGAGUGCAGGGGUGAGGGACAAAGGAGGCAAUGGCCCUCCCUGGCUUGCUGAGUGGGGCCACUAGUCUCUCUCAUAACACUUUGGUCAAGUAACACACUUUGGUGAACUUAAAGAGUGCGGAAUAGAUACGCAAGCUUUGCAUCCCUUCACUUUUGAUCAGGUUAUCCACGGUGGCUGUUUGGAAGGUAUGGCAGCUUUGCAGCUAGCCAAUAUGGAGCAAACACGAGGCGGCCGCGAGGGCACUUAUGGUAACGAGAAAGCCAAGGCAGCAGAGAAGCUUGGACCCUACGUUAAUGGGUUCCUCUAGCUAUGCACCAUCUGUGCGUGGUGUGUCAUUCUUGCUUUUACAUUCACGCACAUUUUUUCUGAAUUUAGUACCCACAUGUCAAUCAUGCCAGGAUAGUAUGUGCAAGCGAUAAAAGGAAAUGGCAUUUUCUAAAAGCUUCUUCCAAUUUUCUAACCGCCACUUAUUGGUUCAAGUUGUUGUUCCACCUGAAAGUUUGUUGUGCGAGAUUCGUGCGAUAUCUUUGCCAAACUGGGGUUGCCAUGUUCUGAGCCGUAACAAAGUCUUUCACGUCUCUCUGGAAGCUAUUCCAACCCACCACGCAUGCUUCCAGAGGGCACUCUUACCGUGUGUUUGCGCAGUUCAACCUCGUAUGUAGACUUGUAUGGAGAAGUUGUGAACACUAUAUGUGAGUGUUACAUAUAUACAUAGUGCUAUUCAUAUAUGCUUGUUGACUUCAGCCAAAUGUUAUUUUUUUUUGGCCCAGUGAGAAUAGAUUAGUAUAAGGGUUCAUUCACUGUUGCCGAUUCAUGUGAAUCGUGCCCUAGCAUUCUUCUUGGGGACUUCACGGUGGAGUGCUAACGUGCGUGCAUGUGUGUGUGUAUUGAGCUCGGUGUUGUGCUGUUGUUGUACGUGUCUUUCAACCAAGGAAUCGGAGAUGCUCCUUAAUUGUUGACCUACUAGUGAAACACAGGAAACAUCCGAGCUGUCUUCAAAAACAGCAUUGUGUUUCCACUGGAAUUUAAUAUAUAUGUAUUCUCAAGGCUUUAAAGAAAGACAUCUCAAUUGCUGGUAAAUUUCAUUAGAGUCCACCUGCUAUGUUAGGUGCUCCUGCGCCUAGAUUCUAAUAAUGACAUAUAUAUACGCUAAGAAACUUAUAGAUGAAACUUGGAAGUGAUACAAUUGAUGGCAUUCUCAGAUGAAGCUGUUUCAGUUUUAAAUUCACAUGGCAGAAAAAUUUAGGGGAAGCAUGCACGAAGCAUUUUAAUUGGCAGUAAAUUUACUGGUGGUCGAAAAGCUUCGCACAAAGGACAGUGAGUUGCUGCAUGAUGAACUGUACAGUGAUGAAGGAACUGACAGUUACUUUAACUUUGUCGCUUGACAACUUACCUUGUAGCAUUUAUAUUGUCAUUUGCGCAAAGUAUUUUAACCAUGGCUAAGUUCAUCCAGGUAAAGUGCCUCGUGCAAAUCACGCUACUAGUUGUCGCUUUCUCAACCCGAAAAAACGGCAUAUGUCUAGGGUGCCAACGUUUGGUGCUCAAUAUAAUACCAUCAUGGUGCAGGUACAAUCUGACCUCAAAACGUGCAAAAAAAAAGGCAUUGUUUUCAGGCAGGGUACAAUCAAGAUCGACAGCGCUUGCAAUCAUUCCCAAAUUUCUCAAUCGCAUAUACAUCAGCCACAGAGGGUUUGAUGUCAUUUAUGGAGCUAAUUUACAGCAAGUAAGGAACCACGUUUGACAAGAUGAACUCAGUCACCAAUCAUACAGACAACAGUGAAACUGCACAAUCAGUUGGUUGUCAUAAAUCAGCUGGCCGGCAAUCAUCAUCAUGAAAUGUUAGAGGCUAAGAACUGUAUCUGAACAAUCCAGGUCACAGUAUCAGCCUCGUUCCUUCGUGUUCUUGCUUUAACCCUUCAGCCGCUGUGCACACAAUUGGGCUUGCCAAUAUGCUGUCAAACCUCGAUGUAACGAACCUCGAUUUAACGAAAUUCGAUUGAACGAAAUUCGCGAUGUAACAAAGUUUUUCGCUCUAAGUACAACUUUUUUAUAUCGAGGUUUGACUGCAGUGCAUGAGAACUAAAAGCAGUGGGUAAAGUCAUUUAAAACACGUCGCAUGCAUCUUGAAACAAUUCCGAUGGGACUUGUGCUAUAAGUUCAAAAGAUAUACAUAAAGUGUUUUUAUAGAACAAGUUGGAAAGUAGACAGCUGGGUGCUUGCUCUUGAUGCCAAUAUGGCACCGCGAAGCUGUUCCACUUCUUUCAUUGUUUUUGCAAUGUUUUACAUCAAGCAUAUUGUUCAAGUGGAUGGACAGGUGCUUUACAAAUAUGCUACACAUGAGACAGUUGAUGUUCCCAUUAUCUGAAGUUCCUGUAGAUAGUUCUCGCACGGAGUCUACGUUCUGUAAACUUGACAAAACUCACAAAAAAAAAAUGACAAUUCUCAAUCUGUUCUGUAGAUGUAUGCCUUUUCGUAAUACUGAAGAUGCGAGAAAUGCAGUUAAAAUAAAUUUUUAAUGGAACAAAUUAAUUGGCGCCUGAAGGGAAGAAGUGACAAAAGAAAACAUGCUGUGAAACAAGUUCUCUUAACAAACGCCCCCACUGAUUCUGUGUGCUGUCAACAAUCGUGAGUGAAAAACAAUCUUCUGUAACCGUCGAACAAUCCUCCUCAGAUGCCGCAGUCCAGGCUGUAUCGAAUCAAAACUCCCACAAUCGUUUUGAAGACGUCGGUAUAUAUGCUAACUACUCGGGUGCCCAAUCAAUUUGCAACGCCAAGUUGCAACUGUCAUUGUAGAGACUAUCAGAAUGUGUCGUAAAGCACGCAAGCUCUACAAGAAGCACGUGCUUUACAGGUUGUCUGGUCACAAUGCCCCUCACAGAAAGCAAUAUAUAUAUACACAAAUAUACGAAGCCUCCCAGUGUUGUGUGUUGUGUGGUCAUGUGAGCUUCGCGACUGUGAACGUACGCAUGAGUUGUGUCUGCUUCGUGCCCUCGGCACAUUUCUAGCCUGAUGUUAAUGCGUGUGUGACCAUGUGCCAGUGUGUGCCGGGUGCAAAACAGGUAUGGGAUGAAUAUAGCCUCUGAAUUUUUUCUUCACGUGCUAGAUAGCUAGCUCAUGUGUCUAGCACUUACUCUCACUUUGUCGUGUGUCUAUGAUGGUGGUGUAAAUUUUAAGAGUUCCUGUACUGGAAGUGUUGUUGCUUUACUGAUGACCUUGUUGUAAGUGUGUCUUUGAGAGGUGCUUUGUGUUUACAUUUGUCGAAUGUUUUCCAGUUAUGGUGAAUGUACUAUCAUGAAGUUGCUGUUUAGACUUUGAACUGUUGCACUUCGAUCAGGUGAAUGCAAAAUUUAUUGCGUAUUUGAGACGAUUUCUUGUUUUAGCAGCUAUAUGGCACUUAAGUGUGCAUUCACUGGAGUGUGCUGUUAAAAGAAAAAAAAAAAAACUAGCUCAAUGGCAAAUGAUGAGUACAUGUGUGUUUAAUACUACUAUUCUCAUAUAGAACAUUAUGUUUAACGCUCCAUCUGCAGACAUGACAGUAGCAGGAGCAGUGAAUAGCACUUAAGUGUACGUUCCCCACUGCCCUAAGGUGCAGAAAAGUUUUGGAGUGAAAUGUUCAAGUCGAAAAGGUUCACCUUAACAUCCCGCGCAUUAUGUUAUGUCACGUUGCUUCCUUGAGUGCUGUGAAGGCACAGCUGCGUGCAAAAGAAAAAGAAGAAGAGCACCAAAUUCGCUGCAGACCUGCUAGUUUGGUGCUUUAAAGUGAUAAUUUGUGCAAUGCUGACGGCGUAGUCAACAAGAAUACAUUUUGCUUGCUAACCAUGUAACCACGUGUGUGAUGAGUGAUAGUCGGGGCUUUCAUUGUGUGCACUAAGCACGCGAACGUGCGACAUUCCAACAGAGCUACUCAUAGCUGCGUGCUACAGAAGAGCGAUGCCACCUACAAAAUAACAGCCUCGCCAUAUUGAGGCAAGAAAGUUGGCUUCGACAGGCGCUCUUCUGCACAGUUUAUCCUGCAGAGACAGAUGUGCGACAAUUGCAGCAGUAUUUACACCAGACAGCUUUCUCAAACUCUUUUUCCAUUGAAAGCAAAGUAAAAUAAAAAUAAAAAAGCACUACAACUCUGUCUCGCCGACCUUUGCGCCUAGAAUUCUAAACACACGGAUUGACAGUUCUGCAGAGUCGUUUUUAGAGAGCGUCGAAGGCGGGCACUGGCCGUUCGUGGCAGCCGACAAGACGUCAUGUAUAAACCCCGCCCAUUACGAGGCGGCAGAGUAGGAGUUUCAGCUCCUCUUAUUGCGUGACCCAGUCUUUCACUUACAGUGCCAAGAAGCCCCAGUUUUGUGCUCCGCGUCCCUCACAGCAGACCAAGCAAAGUUUUUUUUUUCUCGUGCGUCCCCUUGGCAUCUUGGGGGCCGCAUGCAGUGCACGCAGAGUGUUACACCACGACGCUGCAAACUUUAUUUUGAUGGCAUUUCUAAAAGCACGUCGACUCUGUAGUCGAAGCACAUACUGAAGGCAAAUUCCACUGGCUGACCUGGAGCAACUUUUCCUGCUCCACACCGGAUAACUUCUUUUCCCGCUGGUUCACUCAGAGUGAAUUCGUGCCUUGCUCUCUUCAUUUUGGAUCAAUUCAUUCUGCGAUGAAUUGCUGUUUCAUGCUCUGCCACUGAGGCAUGGAUUCAACCGGAAGUUCCACAGUGUGUUAAGUCACGUCUGCCAGCUGCCUACACCAAAUUUUACGGCGUUUCAGAGUGGAAGCAUAACAUUUUCCUCUCGGAGAUUUGUGAACAUGGUUGUAAAGAAUGAUCCGAGGAUUGAGAUGGCUCUUCCAAAACUGCCAGCGAAAUCAGUAAUAAAGAAAGUUGCAUCUUCUGAGGCAUACUUGUCUGUGUAGCAGUACAGUAUGUUCUCUUUAAAACAAAAGCUCUGCUAGGCUGAAUGAUUAUGGGCAAUGGAACACAGCUACUCAGUGAAUUAAGGAAUCUUAGCCUAACAGACAAGUAAACGAAAAGUGUACUUUAAAUGGACAAUGCUGUGACGUGAAAGAUGCACGACCACAAAUUUUUUUGUGAAAUAAAGUCACAAAAUCCUUCAGCAUUUUCCACCUCUGGUACAAGUUCCAACUGAUGUCUUUUGCUAAGGCUUACUUGAGAGGUAAAGAUGAGAAGCAAUGCUAUCGUGUACUGCAGAGAACUGUUUCGAUGGUGUUCACAGCGCGCACAUAUUUAAGUAAGUGAGGGACAGGCAGAAAGUGAAAGAAUGCUGCCGUAUUUUGUCACUCUAUUGCCUAUCCCUUAUUUUUUUGGUUAUGUAUGCGAUGUGGACAGCAUCGAAAUGAAGCGUUACCAAAACUUGCCCGAGCUUUCACAUUUGCAGAGAACUAGCUUUUUUUUUUUUUAAUUCUCACUUGUGAAUGACAGGCUGUGGAACUUUUUGCAUGACUCUGCACAUUCAACGUGCAGCGUAGAAGUUACCUGGUAAACAUGAGUAUCCUUGCUGAUUGAUGAUUGAAACAAUGGGACGAAGGAAAAAAGAAAUCACUAGAAAGAAUGACUGGCUGCCAUGCGAAAUAGGGUGCCAGCACUCGUGGUGAGACACUCUGCAAAACAAAGUGAUAGAAACAUGGGCUUUCAAAGCGAAAAAAAAAAAACAGAAGCUGCCUGCCAGUAUAGCAGUGUAGAUCGACAAGUAGUGCAGUCGAGCUAGAGUGUGGCGAUACAUAGGGAUGUCUUUCAAGUUGCGCUUACACCACACGGAGGCAAGAGUUUGUUCUUGAGGUGCCAGGACUUGUUUCUUGUGGUGCUAGACUGUCCGGUCUGGUGCUGGUUUAGUUUCUGAGAGAACGCAUGCAUUGUGACUUUACUGCUGGUGCUUUGGAAACCUGUUUCUUGCGUUUCGGUGUGGUCUGUAGGUAGUCCAAGCCACUACUGCCCCAUGUCCCCAAAGUUGUGUCGCCGGCGCUGCCAUUUGCAGACGUUCUCUCUCUCUCAAGAGAGAUCAACCUACUGGAAGAAUUUUACAAAUUCACAAAUUCGUCUGUACGACUAAACAAGCACGCACAAACAGAACAAAUGUGUUGUCUUGCAACGUUUUCAGAACAGUUCGAGCACAUGCCAUUUUACCCUGAACAACCCUUUCACCGCUUGCAACAACAGGAUUCCCACACCUCAAGAACAAUCCCAAGCUUCUAAAAUAAAGUGAAUUUUCAAAGAAAAUAGAAGUUAAGUGAUGUAUCUUGCAGUGCUUGAUCGAUGUCGAUAGUUGGGCAUUAUUCCACAAGCCAGAUGUAGAAAAUUUUGAAACGUCUGUGUCUCGCCUCUUUCCUUGUUUGAAAUGUACAAACAAAAUGUCUAAAUAAAAAUGGAGAGUGUAAAUCCUUUUGUUUUUGAAA